AUGUCAUCUCCAACUCCAGAGUCCCCGAGGAGUGGGAAGAAGCAUGGCCUGAGGAAGAGGCUGCUCCGCUUCUUCUCCAGGACUGAGGACAACUUCAAAGAACAUCCCAGGACGCGAAGUGAGGAGGAAGGCAAAAGCCCCUCAGCCGUGGAGUCCGGUCACCUGGUCCGUAAGGGAAGGAGCUGGAGCGAGAGACUGGGCAGGAAGGACAGGCAGGAAACACAAGAAGGGCAACAGAGUCUUCCCAGGCUGAGAAAUCAGAAACCAGAAGAAGCCAUUUUGAGGAGAGCAUCACGAGAAUCAAAGACUCGGUCGCUUAGUUACUCGGAGUUGGAGUUACCGACCUCUAGCUUUCUUCAGAGGUUUGGGAGUCUGACCUGGCGCAAGAAAAGGUUUAGUGUAUUGGAAUACAGCAACGCUACUCCUAAUGCUUCAACCCCAAUAGGGUCCCAGUGGUCGGUAGGACGAUUGGAAAGACCAGCUGUAGGAAGUGAGCUGGAUUUGGAAAGUAGACGUCCUCAGUCCUGUAUUGCUGAAUAUUCUUUCCCACAACUUACCCCUAAAAAUUCUGAACGUUAUUCUAAAAGGGAGCAUAAGACUCUAGAGGUGUCCACAUCAUUUGAUUGCGUAGCUGAUGAUGAUGGAGAUCAUUACAGCAGCUCAAGUCAAGAGACCACAAAAGGGAAAAAUGUUCAACUACCAUUUCCCUUUCCAGAAAGACUGGAAGGAGAAGAUGAAGAAGAGUCACUCCCUUGUUGGGCAGAGAGUAUAUUUCAAGACUACAUCUCACAAGACCACCAUUCUCCAGGUUCAGUAUUCUGUCCCCUAUCUACAGACUCUGACACUUUAGAAGCUAUGGCAAAGCAUGAAAAACCUGACCAAUAUCGAAGUCCUCUUUAUCAUCGCAUGUCACCAAGGGAUCUACUCCUAGAAGAAGUUUUUAUAAAUGAAUCCCAAGAAAAGAGCAGGGUAUUUUCAGCUAAACAUAUUCCUCAAGUAAACAGUCCUAAUACGUCCAGCAUCUGUAUUCAAGCACUAAGACAAAAUAAGGAAAGUGAUGUACAACAUACUCUUUCUUGCAAAGGUUUGAAAAUAAAAGAGACUGAAAAAACAACACCAUACAUAUCUCUCUAUACCAGCAUCCUUUCUCAAGACGUAGAACAAAUUAGAGCUGGCCAAAAAUGGGAGAAGCUAUCACAAAAGGGACAAAAAAAUCCACCCAAUUUUCCAGAUAUGCCAAGGGCAUCUACAGCAUAUUACCCAGAAACAAAGUCAUGCAACAGUCAAAUCUCACUAGCACAUGAAGAUAAUAUACAAGAUGGGCUUCACAAAAAGACCAUGAAGCGGCAGAAAAUCCUGGCCCUCAAGGACCCAUUUCAAGACCAGAUUGAAAAUAUACAAAGGCAAACUAUGGAGCAUGAACUAGCACAAAGUGUGUCUGAGUCCUUUACAGUAUCCCAAGAAACUAUGAAAGAUGACUGUGAACCACAGGCAUCACCAAAUGCAGCCAAAAUCAGAUAUGAAGUAAUUGUUACUAUGACUAAAGAGGAAAAAGAGCAAGACCUGUUGCCAAAGCUGGCACUGCAGUUGGUGAAAGCUGAGGAACUUGUAGGACUAGAUCUAAGGAUGUCACCUUCAUUGGAAUCUCAGGCAUGUGGCUGCAAUGGGGCGGGCCCUGCAGAAGUGACAGCUCAGGAAAUUUUAGAAUCAUCGGAGCAGACUGAAAAGAAUACAACACAGGAGGAGGAGAUCCCUGAGAAGGAGAGGGGAGGAGAGACUUCCAAGGGGGCACAAUGGGACAGAUCGAAUAGAUCCACUGUGGAUGAGGAGUUUCUCUUUAACACCAGUGGCUUUGAUCAGGUGGCUGAUUCUUGCAGACUUCAUUCUACUAACAUGGAAAAACCUGAUACACAACAAAGCUUUUCUGAACUACCCAGAUCAUCUAAGAAGAAAGAAAAUGUUUCUAUAAAACUAUCACACAGUGUUAUACCUUCUCAGCUACAUGCUGGUCAUGUAAAAGGCUUGCAGAAAGUCUUUGAAAAUAUUAGCUCAAAAGAUGUUAUUCAUCAUAAAGUAACAGACAAAUCUCAACAGUGUGGAUCUCUUAGGGAAAAGAAACAUAGACCCUCCAAAGAUGGGCCUGUCACUCCGGGAGUUCAUGGCCCAGUUUAUUCUAAAGUUUAUAAUCCUUUAGGAAAAGAUAAUUUAGAUAAAAGUGAUUGUGUAACAGGGACAGCACUUGAUAGUUCGGAAAAAUCAAACACUACAGUGUCACUGAGAAAUGCAGACAGUAAUGAAGAAAGUGUGGAAAUUAAGGCUACCAAGAAAUAUAUUGCAAAUGUGGAAUUGUUCAAAAGGCACCAAUCUGACAAUGAAGCCAACAAUAGGAAAGCAAAAAUCCAACUCCCAGACCUUAAGCUUCCUCCUAGGGCAUCAACACCACCCCCUUAUAGGACUAAGAAUAAUGUUUCAAUUUCCCUGAGCUCACCAAGAGGAUGGAAAAAUGAAAGUGUCAUACUUCGCUCACCUAUGUCAUCUGUGGCACAACGGUUUGAAAAUCAACGGUUGAGUAAUUAUUAUCCAGUUCCAUCUCAACCUUCUGGAACUGUUUUCUUUUCAGGGCAAAAUUUUUCUCAUGCUAAAUUAGGUUUAGAAACACAGCAAAAUGUCACAAACUAUACACAAAUACAACCAAAAAAUAUCCCUAAAAACCAUAUUAAAAAUAACCCACUGGAAUCAAGCAAAUCAGAGGGUAAACCAUGGUCCCUAGCCAACAAUCUGCAUGAUAUAAGCCAUAUUGCUAAUGAAAAAAAGUAUUUACACAACAGAAGCUUUGAGAGAUUUACCAAUACAACAAAGAAUGAAAUUCAAGAGGACUCUACUGCAAAUGAAGAAUGGGGACUAAAAGAAAAGCAAGGAAAAUUUACUGAUAAACACAUUGCAGAAAUAAUGUCAACAAAACACAUAAACACUCAGGGAAUGAGCACUUCAAAAAUACUUCAAUCAAGAAGUAAUGAGGCCUGUGUAGAGAAACACAUGAACACAAGCAUUGUUGAUCUUAACCCCAGUCAUGACAUCCCUUCUGUAUUAACUCACAGAAAUACCAGUAUGAAUGAAAUUCAAGAAGACUCUAUAGGAAACCAAGAUUCAGAACUAGGAGAACUACAAGGAAGAUUUAAUGAUAAACAUACUGUUGAAAGAAUGUUGAUUAAAGACACACACAGUCAAGGCAUCAGUACAGCAGAAAUAUUAAAAUCAAGCGGAUUGCAAGUCUGUGUAGGAGAAACCAUAGGCACAAUAAAUAGUAAGCUCAGUCAUGACAUCCCUCCUGUAAUAACAAAAAUUCAAGAAGAUUCUGUAGGAAGUGAAGAGUCAAGACUGGGAGAGAUGUAUGAAAUAUUAACUGAUAAACAUAUUGCAGAAUUUUUUUUAGCAGAUGACACACAUUAUCCUAGCAGUAGCACUUCAGAAAUAUUAAAAUCAAGAGAAAAGGAGGUCUGUGUAGACAAAAACAUGAACACAUGCACAAUUGAUAGUAAGCUUAGUCAUGACAUUCCUCCUGUAAUAAAUCAGAGAAGAAAGCCACCUGAUCAUUCACCUGAUACCUACAUUAACCAUAAAGUUAAAAACAGUCUUAGAGAAAAACUAGAGGAUUCAAAUGAUAAUAAUAACCACGGUGCUUCAUGUUUCAUGGAUAUAAAUUAUGUGGCAGUUGACAGUAUGGCUAUGUCAAAUGACAAUAGAGAUGAUAUAUUUGGGGAUUUAUGCACCAACAAAGAAGUAAAAAGUAAACCUCCACCCACCAUAAUUCUCCGUACAGUUGUACAUAAAGUUAAUCAUGACUCUAUUGACGUAAAUAAAAGUAAAAAUAAUGAUGAACUUAUACAUGAUGAAGCUUUAGUCAUCAAUCAACCACCUGAGGAGGAGAUAAAGCUAAAGCAUAAGGUGGAAGAAUUGAAAAACAAACAUGCAGCACUCAUUUACUGUGAAUAUAACAUUGAGAAAAAUGUAAAAUCUAAUACUGAUGCCCCUUGUGAAAGUCAGUCUACAACUGUAGAAGACCAGGCUAACUCCCUAACUGGUCAGGGAGAAGAAGUUUCAAUUGAGCCAAAUAAAUGUGACCUCACUAUGGAUCUAAAAACAUAUAAUAUGGGUUCAACUGAUAACAUUAAGGAUUGUAAAACAAAUGUGUUAAGUAGAGCUGAUGACAAGGUCAAUUCUGUGCCAUUAAAUGACAAGGAAAUAGAAAGUUACAUAGAACAGCCUAAAAUAGGCAUCCCUGAAAAAAACAAUGGUUUUGUACAGAACAAAACUAUAGAUAAGAAAGAAGAGGAAGAAACUGGAGAAGACAAAGAAAUGGACUUAGGUUUUAGUAACCAUGAGCAACAGGAUUUGGUUUCAGUUACAACAAAUGAUAGACAAAUAGUCAACUUGUUAGAUACCGAUCAGAGUAGCAGAGUUCUGAGAACUAUAGGGGCUGUAGAUAUAUUAGGACAACCUGAAUGUGAAAUAGCAGAACUGACAGACCAAUCUCUUGGUGAUGGGAAAGAUAAAUCAACAUUGGUUCAAGAUAAAUCUGAAUAUGAACAAAAUACAAAUUCAAAUGAUUUAUUGUCUAUGGGUAAAUUGGACCAAGUAUUGCAUAUGGAUUCUCAUAUAAAUGCUGUUGGUACAGAUAUAGUGGACCAUGGAAAAAAAUUAGCAGUCAGUGUGGAAACAGAAGGCAUCCCUGAAAAAAACAAUGGUUUUGUACUGAACAAAACUAUAGAUAAGAAAGAAGAGGGCAAAACUGGAGAAGUCGAAGAAAUGGAUUUAGGUUUUAGUAACCACAAGCAACAUGAUUUGGUUUCAGUUACAACAAAUGAUAGACAAAUAGUCAACUUGUUAGAUACCGAUCGGAGUAACAGAGUUCUGAGAACUAUAGGGGCUGUAGAUAUAUUAGGGCAACCUGAAUGUGAAAUAGCAGAACUGACAGACCAAUCUCUUGGUAAUGGGAAAGAUAUAUCCACAUUGGUUCAAGAUAAAUCUGAAUAUGAACAAAAUUCAAAUGAUUUAUUGUCUAUGGAUAAAUUGGACCAAGUAUUGCAUAUGGAUUCUCAUCUAAAUGCUGUUGGUACAGAUAUAGUGGACCAUGGAACAAAAUUUGCAGUCAGUGUGGAAACAGAAGGCAAACAAAUGGAAAAAGUUAGUGUGAUAUCUAAAAAUUCUACAGUAGUAAAAAAGACAGUAAAUAUGAUUCAGGAAAAUACCACUGAAGUGGAAAUAAAGACGGUUGGCAUGAAAGACCAGAGUAUACUGGAUGCAACAGUGGCAAAGGAUGAGCCAGCUACAAACACAACCAACCUGUUUGCCAGUGAUCUGACAGUGAAUACAGAGGAGUCAAAAGAGUUAAUAAAAACUGUGGACAAUAAGGACCAAGAAGCACAAGGAGUUAUCCUAGUUUAUUCACCUUCAGAGAUCAAUGAACAACCAUUUAACAACUUGAAAGAAGAAUCUGAUAACCUGUCAGAUACAAAUGUGUCUUAUCAAAAUACAACACAAACAAGUAAUGUAAUUGUGGAUCAUAAGAUGCAAAGCACUGAUAUCAUCAGUGAACACCAUGAGAUUGGUGCAGAGCAAACUUUAGAUAUUAUUAAUCCACCUGUAGAUACUGAUGUUAUUGGAAAAACAGUGGUAGGUAGUGAAGAUGCCUUUAGUAUUUUUAGUAAUCAAGAUAAAUAUGUUGUCAUUAAAAAACCUGUUGUCAAGUCUGUAGGUCAGAAUGGUGAUAUGGUACUUGGCAAAGCUGAACAACCUGGGAACAUCUCUUUAGCAAGAGAAUGUUUAGCAGUGGAGUAUGGUAAUUCAGCAAUGGAGCAUAAAUUUGUUCCCCUUAUGGGGGUGGCUGACCAAGGCACCAUGAGCCAUCCUGAUGAUCCACAAAACAUUCCAGAUACAUUAUUAAUAGAAAAUAGCAGCUUGAAGGGGGAGGAAAAAGAAAACUAUAUCCUAAAUGAGAUCAAUCAACACAUUUCUGCAAAAGAAGUAACUGAAGAACCCUCCGGAGAUGUACUAAUGGACCAGGUUGAACAAGUAGUUGUAAUGCCAAAUAAAUGUUUGGAAGAUCAAACUGAAGACGCAGAGCAUGAAAAGGAAAAAGAUGGGAUUGAUCAUGAUAUACAUGAAGGCAAACUUGUAUUAGAUAUCAGUGAUGAAAUACAUGAGCUUUCAAAGGUAAAAAUUCUUGAUGAUAUUUUAUCAAGUACUAAUGUUGAAAGCUGUACAGAUGAUGCACAUAGUAAAGAUACACAGAUGAGUAAAAAUACAGCAAAUCAUGUUACAGAUGAAGUAGGUCAACAGAAAAGACUAGAAGAUAAUCUUCUAUUGAAUGAAGCCCGAACAGACAGUUUAAUUGAUGAGUCACCUACUGUAAUUUUACAUGAUAGUGCUAUGCAGACUGCUUUACAACAACCAAAAGCAAAUUUGAAUUUUGUAGAUGAAGGAAAAAAUGUUGAUACUGUUGAUUCCAACAUUUAUUGGUCUGUAAACAAAUUAAAUGGAGAUGUUUCAGGGCUCCCGUUGUCAUAUGUGGACAAAAUAAAUGAUACAACUGAUAUCGAGAAUAUGUCCACUCCAACUAUAAUUUACCCACAAGAAAAGAAAAACUCAGUACAACAGAUGACUGAAAUUGUUCAACUUUCUCAUCUUCCGAAAUCAGAAAAAGAUAUGAAUGAAUCUAUAAACAGUGCAGAAGAGGGAGAAACGGAAUCUUUAGAAAACAUGGAGUCUUGGAUGAACAAAUUACGACAAUUAGAAACCCCACAGUUUGUAAAACAACUUAGAGAACCUCGUCAACCUCGUUGCUCUGCACUUAGUAUGUAUGCCACUCUACCUCCUAUAAAGGAGGAUCAGGGUUCUCCAAAGAGCUUUGAUUUCAGAUUGCCAUUUUUGGAGAUAAAUGAAAAGAAAAACCUUCCUGAAGAAAGUAAACCAACAGUAGAACCUACAGUGGCAGAACAACCUGAAAAGUCAGAACAAGGGGAAAAGAAAUAUUCCUGGGAAAGAAGCACAGAAAGGUCCAUAAUUGGGUCAUCCCCACUGCAGUUAAUGAGAAAACACUCUGGUGAUGAGGUUUCUAGAAGUGACAGCUACAAGGCCUUAAUUGCUCAAAAUCUUAGUCAAAGGCAAGGUUCUAUCAUUGGCUCCCUACUUUUGUCUGAAAGAUUAGAUAAAAAGACCGACCCUUCUGAAAGAAAAUCAUUUUCCAGAAUUGAAAGCAGUAUUCUUCUCAGCAGUUAUAUGAAACCCCAAAAAGAUAAACCUGAGGUGACAGAAGAAACAAAAACAAUUUCAGAGAAUGCAACACCUGAAAGUGAUACUGCAACCACAGUCAAUGACACUUUAACUAGCACUACAGAAGAUCCUCAACAAGAAGACAGCAUAGAUUCUUCUAUUCCAAAGGUUGAGCAUGUUACAGAAAUUGAUUUGACUGAGCUGCCACCUAAGCUAGAAACUUCAGAAUCUUCUCCAUUAAAAGUUUUCCCGGAUGUCUGGCAUCACCCAGAAAAGAGUCAUGGCAAGUUAAAUCCAAGACCAGGAAAGAUCAUACUAUUUUCAGAGCCUGGUUUCAGGGGCCACAGUUAUGAGCUCUAUAGUGACGUGGGCAAUACAUGUGAAUGGGAGCUGCAGGGAACAAUCUCUGUUCGGAUUAUUCGAGGAGGAUGGCUUUUGUAUGAGAAGCCAAAUUUUCGAGGAAGACGUGCUAUGCUUUCAGAAGGAGGCACAGAUUUGACUUGUCCAUGGGGUGUUCAAGACAAAUCAACUGAAAGCCUUCAACAACAUACUGAAAAGCCCAAAUCUUGGAUUGGAUCAUUGCGCCAUGUGGUUCGGGAUUUCCAGAUUCCCCGAAUAAGUCUGUUUAAAGAGGAAAAUGGAGAGGGUAAUAAGAUAACAAUAUUGGGGGCCACGCCGGAUUUAUGUGUCAAUGGACAACCAAUCAAAACAGAAUCCAUCAUAGUGCACAGUGGACUCUGGCUGGUGUACAAUAAGCCAUUUUUUGAAGGGGACCCAUAUAUUUUGGAAUCUGGAGGAUAUCCUAACAAAAAAGCCUGGAAUGGGCAUGAUUCAAUUUUAUGUUCAUUGCAACCGGCACUUAUUGGUGGCCCUACAGUUGAAAAACCUAAUGAACCUAAGAUUCUUCUGUUUCAAGACCCUGACUUUGAAGGCCACACCUGGGAAGUAACAAGAGACCUUCACUCAAUACAAGGAGAGCCUAACCAGAUGGGAGAACGUCUUUCUAGUGUGGGUGCCAUAAAAGUACUUGGAGGGUGUUGGGUAGCAUACGAGAAGGAAGGCUUUCGUGGUCACCAAUACCUUCUAGAAGAAGGGGAAUAUCAGGAUUGGUCUAAGUGGGGAGGUUGUACUAAAGAAUUGGGAUCACUUCGACAUAUCCGUACGGAUUUGUCAGAACCCGAAAUAAUACUUUAUAAGAAGCCGGGAUGUUUAGAAGGUUCAUGUUUGCGUCUGAAUGAAGCACUGGCAGAUAUUGAGGUUGCUCAGUAUGGGACUAAUACAGGUUCUAUUCAAGUCCUGAAUGGAGUGUGGGUGGCCUAUGAGAAUGUUGAUUUCUCAGGAGAGCAAUAUAUUCUAGAGAAAGGGAUUUAUCACAGUUAUCAGGACUGGGGAGCUAAGAACAGCCAAAUCUGUUCUGUGCAACCAGUACUACAGGUUGGGGGUCAGAGUCUCCAAUAUUUACCUAAGAUACAACUUUUUUCUGAGCCUAACUUCCAUGGAGACUGUAUGACGCAUACAGAGGACCGUGUAUUGCUGCCAAAAUCCUUUUUGCCCCAAUCAUGUCGGAUUGAAGGAGGCAGUUGGAUUCUGUAUGAAGGUGAGGAUUGCUGUGGAGAACAAUACAUACUGGUUGAAGGGGAUUAUCCCACACGUACUGCUAUGGGGUGCCAGUUAAUAAAUAUUAUACGAUCUCUUGAGAAGGUUCCACUUUACUUUUCAAUUCCCUCUAUAUCACUUCAUGGCUUAGAGAGAUUUGAAGGCAAGGAGCUAGAAUUCACUGGUGCAGUUCGUAGCCUGCAAGGAGAAGGCUACAACAACCAUGUGCUGUCAAUUAAAGUGGCAAGUGGAAUAUGGGUGCUUUAUGAGCAUAACGAUUUUCGUGGCAGACAGUGGCUUCUAGAACGUACACAAAUCACUAACUGGUUAAUGUUCAGUGGAAUUCAGCGCAUUGGAUCACUCUGUCCUAUUAGACAGAGAAGGGUAUAUUUCAGACUUCGGAACCGAGCUAUGGGCUUAUUGUUAUGCGUUCCAGAACCAGUUGAGAACAUGAAAGCUGCACGUGUCCAAGUUACUGAACCAAGAGAGGGAAGCUGUGAUCUUUGGUACUAUGAGGAGGGGCGCAUAAAAAAUCAGAUGACUCCUCAAAUGAGCCUACAGGUAGUCGGUAUGACUACCCCAGGGACAAAAGUAGUCAUGUGGUCUGAGGGGCGCAAGCCAAUUCAAACUUGGUCACUGGAGGAUUCUGGUCUUAUAAAGAGUUGCUUGUUUGAGGGCUUGUGUCUAGACAUAAAAGGUGGGCACAGCUUUGACUCAGACCAUGUUGUAGUGUGGGAAACAGAAGAGGACAGGCUAACACAACGUUGGAGUCUUGAGGUGUUCUGAUCCUUUUAGAAGUUAGCUUUCUAGUUCAAGGAUGAUCUGUGUUACGAUAUUGUGCUCAUAAAGGAUAUUACAAUGCAGGCUGAAAAGACAUUACAUAGAGGACUGACACUCCAGUUAUCAACAAUCCCUUCCAACAGAUUUCCAGGAACGUAUCAUCAUCCUCAUGCCCCUUUACAAUACCACAUUAGCUAAAAUGCAGACUGGCAGACCUUAUGAACAUCCCACUGUGGCAGAAUAUGUGGGAUCCACUUCCCUGUCCACAUACACAGAUAACAUCUGUAAUAUAUAGAAAAAAUCCUGCUGCAGAUGAUAGGGCACAGCGGAUUCUCCUUGUAUAGUAUUACAAAACACCUCAGUUUCAGGUACUAGAAUAUUUAUAUUAUAUAUAUACAUUCAUAUAUAUAUUUUUAUACAGUGACGCCAUUAUUGUCUUUCUUUUCUAAUUCACAAGUUCGUGGUGAUUUUGUAUAUACUAUAUUAUAUAUGGGACUUAUUAAAAUGAAUGAACACACAGCUGGCUCUGUAACAUUUCUUGUGUUAAGAUCUAUUUAUGUAAAUGUACAACAAGCAAAUGAUAAUAAAAAUGCAUAGUACUUCAUGGUUCAUUUAGGUUUAUUCUGCAUAACAGGUUCACUACAGCCAAUGCUUCAGGGAAAGUGAGUAGAUGUUUAUCAUUUGCUUGGAGUCGUCUUUUGAACAAACAACAACCAUAUUACGGCUUCUAAAGACUGGUCUGCUCUUCAU